AUGGGUGCUUACAAAUAUUUAGAAGAGUUACAAAGAAAAAAACAAUCCGAUGUUAUGAGAUUCUUAUAUAGAGUCAGAUGUUGGGAAUACAGACAAAAAAAUGUUAUUCACAGAGCAUCAAGACCAUCAAGACCAGAUAAAGCUAGAAGAUUAGGUUACAAAGCUAAACAAGGUUUCGUUAUCUACAGAAUCAGAGUUAGAAGAGGUGGUAGAAAAAGACCAGUUCCAAAAGGUGCUACUUAUGGUAAACCAACUAACCAAGGUGUUAAUCAAUUAAAAUACCAAAAAUCAUUAAGACAAACUGCUGAAGAAAGAGUUGGUAGAAGAGCUGCUAACUUAAGAGUCUUAAACUCAUACUGGGUUAACCAAGACUCAACUUAUAAAUAUUUUGAAGUUAUUUUAGUUGAUCCUCAACAUAAAGCUAUUAGAAGAGAUCCAAGAUACAACUGGAUUGCUAAUGCUGUUCAUAAACACAGAGAAGCUAGAGGUUUAACUUCCGCUGGUAAAAAAUCAAGAGGUAUUAACAAAGGUCACUUAUUCAACAAAACCAAAGCUGGUAGAAGACACACUUGGAAAAAACACAACACUUUAUCAUUAUGGAGAUACAGAAAAUAA